UUGUCAUUUAUCACCGUAUUCAUUCCCCUUUUAGCAGCUAAACCGAAAAAUUACAUUCGUGAGAACAUUCGACGUCUCCGCGAAACGCAAACAGCCAAUACGCGUCGAACCCCAUCCGUUCGAGGAUCACACCUGCGCGAUACUGGGCAAGACUUCCGGGCAAAUGCUCGUAUGCACUUAAUCAACCAGUACUUUGAUGGCAUGCCCGCCAAAUCAGAAAAGUCGGUCAUCGGAAGCUGUGGUGAUCAGAAAACUGACAGCCGUCUUGUGGAGCACAGAGAUGCCGGUGUUGAGACAGAUAUAUGCAAACCACAAAUAUUAACCGUGAGUCGACACGUAUUUUUCGAUGCAAUGGGGACGCCUCUCUGA